GCGCGACGUCGGAUCCCCGGUAGAUCUGCGGGCGGGUCCUCGGGGCCGCCCUCCCCCGCUUCGCGCGCGCCGCCCCGCUGCGCCCCGGGAGAAGAGCCCCCAUGGUCCCCGCUCUCCGGGGCGCUCUCCGGGCCGGGCCGGACCCCCGCGAGCCCGCCCUGGCGCCCCUGUCCCCGCCCCCCCGGGGGCCCACGCCGGUGGACGCGGCCAAGACGCACUGCCCGUCGUGCCUGGGGCUGUUCCGGGCGCCGCGGCUGCUGCCGUGCCUGCACACGGUGUGCACCGCGUGUCUGGAGAAGCUGGAGCCCUUCUCGGUCGGGGACGCGGACGCCGGCUCCGACGGCCUGGCGCCGCUGCCGCUCGGGCCGCGCGUCGGCAUCCUCUGCCCGGUGUGCGAGGCGCAGGUGGACCUGCCGGCCGGCGGCGUGCAGGCCCUCACCAUCGACCACCUGGCCCUGAGCGACGUCCUGCUGGAGAGCCGCGGCGGGGACGGCCCGGGCCCGGCGGCCUGCGACCUGUGCGGCGCCGCGGGCGCGGACAAGCGGUGCCAGACCUGCGGGGUCAGCCUCUGCCCCUUCUGCUGCCAGGCCCACCGGCGGCAGAAGCGGACCGCUGACCACACCGUGGUGGACCUGGACGCGCGCGCGGGGAAGCCCGAGCCCUGCCCCACACAUCCGGCCGAGGAGCUGCGGCUGUUCUGCGAGCUGUGCGAGCGGCCAGUGUGCGGCACGUGCGCCAACGGGGAGCACCUGGGCCACCCGUGCGAGGACGCGGGCCGCGCGGCACAGCGCCACGGGGAGGUGCUGCGCGCGCUGCUGCGGGGCGCGCGCCCGCGCCUGCGCGCCCUAGACGAGGCGCUGGCGCGCGUGCGCGGCCGGGACGCGGCACUGCGCGAGCGCGUGCGCGCCGUGGCCGCCGACGUGCGCGCCUCCGCCGAGGGCCACAUCGCUGCGGUCGAGGAGCACCGGGAUCAGCUGCUGCGGCAGCUGGCGGCCCUGAGCACCCGCCGCGAGCGCGCGCUGCGCAUGCAGGGCGCGCAGCUGGAGCGGUUGCGCGCGGACGUGCGCGCCGGCGUGGACUUCGCCGAGCACCUUCUGGCGCGCGGCUCAGACCUGGCCGUGCUGGUCUCCCAGGGCGUGGUGGUGGCGCGGCUGCGCGCGCUGAGCCAGGCCGGCCGCGGCACGCGCUCCGCCGGGCACCCCCACAUCCGCUUCUGCCCCCAGGAGGCGGCCGGCCAGUGCCGCGGCUUCCCGGUCUAUGGUGCCCUGGACGCCCAGGAGGUCGACCCGGCCCGGUGCACCCUUCAGGGAGAAGAUCUACACAGAGCUCGGGAGAAACAGACGGCCUCUUUCACCCUGCUCUGCAAGGAUGCGGCAGGAGAGAGCCUGAGCAGAGGAGGGGACCACAUCAGUGUUGCCGUUGUUCCUAAAGACAAGAAAGACAGUCCAGUCAGAACAGUGGUCCAGGAUAACAAGGAUGGGACAUACAACGUGUCCUACACCCCCAAGGAACCUGGCAUCUACACCGUGUGGGUUUGCGUGGAAGAACAGCACGUGCAGGGCUCGCCCUUCACUGUGACAGUGAAGAAGAGGCACCACGCACACUCGGGCAUCUUUCACUGCUGUACCUUCUGCUCCAGUGGUGGCCAGAAAGCCGUGCGCUGUGCCUGUGGGGGCACCAUGCCAGGUGGGUACCUGGGCUGCGGUCACGGACACAAGGGCCAUCCGGGCCGUCCCCACUGGUCCUGCUGCGGGAAGUUUGCAGAGAAGUCGGAGUGCACAUACGUGGUGGGGCCGGGCACCCCGGGGAACCUGCUGAGGACCGUCGCACUCUGAUGAUGCCAGUGCCUCCCCCACACCCAUAAAUCUUCCACCAGUGGAUGCCAGGUUUACAGAGGAUCCCAAAGCCUGAGAAAUACCAAAGAAAUGAUGGAAUUAAUUAAAACAGUGCCUUCAAGUGCC